GCGAGUUUGUGUCAGUUCUGCUUUUGGUUUUGUUUUGGGUUAAUAAGGAAGGUGCCAGGGUCAGAAUCCUAGAGCUUGUCUUCUGAGCAGCCAUGGCACGCCGAGGCUUUGCGUUUCCUCCAAUGUUUUUCCUCCUUGGACUGUUCUGGUUUCUACCACCAGCAAGCGUCCAGACGACAAACAGAAUUGGUAAAUUCUCAGGCACAUGUCAGACUGAGACUCUGGGAAGAGAAUUCAUCACCUCCUACAUGGAGGACUGUGGGAACUCGAGUCAAUUUGAAGUGCAAAUUACUGGCUACUUUGCCUUCACUUCAGUGUCUGUUUCCAUCCCCAAUUACCUGUUUCACGGGGCAAGGUUUGAGAAUAAGACUAUGGUAAAUCAGGGAGAGAUGGUGCGGGUCAUGCUACCAGAGUCAGUGGGAGUUAAGGGCAGUCACGUGGUCUCCAAGGUGGUCCUAGUGAAGGCUGACAAAGAUAUCUCGGUAGUGUCUGUCAGCAACAAACAUGUGAGCCCUGAGACCACUGUGCUGUAUCCUGUCUCCAGCUUGGGAAAUGAACACUACGUAGUGACUCCCUCUACGGAAUCCUUCAAUAGUUACCCAGAGUUCUCUAUUAUAACGUACAAGGAGCCCAACUCCGUGGAGGUCCAUGUGAAAGGCAAGUUACAUUACCUAACACAGGUCCACUCCACUGGCAGCAAACUGAAUUUUAAGCCCUUCAGUUUCCAAGUCAUCCAGUUACAAGGCAUAGAAGAUGUGUCUGGCACCAGGAUUGUCUCAGAAAAGCCAGUGGCCGUCUUGGUUGGCCAGGUGUGUUUUUGUAAUAGCACAAAAUGCAACCACGUCUUUGAGCAGCUCCUACCAGUCUGCGGCUGGGGUACAACAUACAUCAUUCCUCCCUUACCCUGGCAGAAAGUAAAUGACACAGUCUAUAUCACUGCUUCCCAGAGCACAACUGUGUUGUAUCAACGAGGGGAACAGCAAGAGAAUGUUACUCUAACAGGAGGCAAUGUACUCCAACUUCCUGUCAAGGCCUCAAUCCCAGUCUACAUCUCUGCUAACGUGAGCAUCCAGGUGGUGUUCUACAGCCUGGGCGCAGCUAACCCUAAUUCCUCCCACGCCUUCCUGAUGAAUGUUCCAGAUGUUGCCAGUUACUGCCUGAUGUAUUCUAUAAACGAGCAGGAGGGCUUCGAGAACUUUGCCUUGAUGGUGGCCAAUACAUCGGAGACUCCCGCCAUCAUCUUAGACAAUCAGCCUCUAAGGGAUAUGGAGUGGAAGCCAGUCCCUGGCACUGAGUUCGUUUGGGGCAUGCAUACGCUUGGACGUGCCAUGAAAUCCCAUGCUGUGGAACAUGCCAGCUCUCCAUUUUCACUCCUGAGUGUUGGCACUGCUGCCAUGGACAGCUAUGGGAUUCCGGGUUCCUGCAGGAAGAAUGUUACCUUUAAAUGCCAGACUGAUACUCAACAGACAAAAGAGCAGUUGAAGAGGUGCAAAGAUAUCUUUCAGCAGGGCAACACCAGUGAAUUUUGCUCCUUCAUGAAUUCAACCUUAGUGAAUUUGGAGACCAUAUGUGCAGAGGACAGAGCAGCAUCGCUGGAGGAAGUUGCUCACCCCUUUGGUUCCUUGCUGAAUAGCUCCAUCCUCAGUGCUGGUGGGAGCAAGAGCAAGUGGGAGGUGGCCUCCGCCGUGACCUUCCUCCUGCAGAGUGUGGAAUUGGCUGCACUGACGGUUGCUUUGCGGUCUCCGGAGAAGAAGACCCAGAAUGUGACAACAGAGUUUAUGGCUAUCGAGACGCUCCUUGUCCAAGCUGCAAGUUGCGGUGAUGAGGUCUUCAGGCUGAGAGGUCAGGAGGAGACAAUGGACAUUCGCUGCAAUGCCGUCGCCAGAGCAGCCACAGAAGAUCCUUGGGCUGUUGCUUUUAUUUCUUACUCCACCCUGGACUCCAUCAUUAACAGGACAUUACUUGAUGAGGGAGAUCUAAUGGCUGAUGAGAAAUUGAGGAAUUUUCACCUGAAUUCCAGGGUGGUGAGUGGGGCUAUUGGAGAUGGGAGGCCCAUGAACCUCUCCAAACCUGUGAAUUUCACCCUGCGCAAUAGACAGGCAAAGAAAGAGGAGGAAGAAACUCGCUGCGUUCACUGGAAAUUCAUCGAUGGGAAUGGCACCUGGGCUGAGGAUGGCUGCAAAAGUCUCCAGACGAACAGCACUCACACCAUCUGCAGCUGUGACCAUCUCUCCAGCUUCGCACUCCUGAUGGGUCACACCGGAGUGGAGGAGAGUUAUCCACUGACCGUCGUCACCUACGUGGGACUGACCUUCUCCCUGCUGUGCCUCCUCCUCGCCAUCCUCACCUUCCUCCUUUGCCGCUCCAUCCGCAAUGUCAGCACCUCCCUCCACCUGCAGCUCUGCCUCUGCCUCUUCCUGGCUGACCUGCUCUUCCUCACCGCGGUGACCCGCACCCGCAGUCGGGUGGUGUGUGCUGUCAUUGCUGGCUUCCUACACUACCUCUUCCUGGCCGGCUUCACCUGGAUGUUCCUGGAGGGGCUGCACCUCUUCCUCACCGUCCGGAACCUGAAGGUCGUGAAUUACACCAGCGCCAGCCGGUUCAAGAAGAGAUUUAUGUACCCGUUCGGCUACGGAGUCCCAGCCCUGGUGGUGGCUAUUUCUGCAGCGGUGAAUCCUGGAGGCUACGGAACUUCCAACCACUGCUGGCUCAGCCUGGAGAGAGGAUUUCAUUGGAGCUUCCUGGGACCAGUCUGUGCCAUAAUCCUGAUAAAUUUAACGUUUUUUAUUGUAACCCUCUGGAUCCUGAGAGACAAACUCUCCUCCCUGAAUGAAGAUGUGUCCACUCUCAAAGACACCAGCAUCCAAAAGUCGCAUCCAUCUGGGUCUGUCAGAGCUGCUGAGAUGCCUUGUCCCCUGAGUGACACAUGUUUGUUUUAACCCAUCUGAGAACGGCAUUGGGAGUCUUAGUGAAAUUCAAUUGCAUCCAAAUGAAGGGGGAAUCCCAGGUCUCCUAGAACCCAGCACAGAACUCCUCUUUUCUUGCGCACCUCCACGUUCCCUUCCCUUUGCUUCUUUGCAAGCUCCAUGCAUCACUCGCUGUGGAAUGGGCUGGGAUACCAAUUCAGGUAAUUAUCCAAUUGGGGAAGUUUGCAAACCAAAACCUGGGUGGAAAUCUUCCCAGUGCAGAUGGGCCGGGCCAACGAAGAGUUAGCACGGGAUGGAAUUUCCUCUGGCUCCGUUACCUUUACUGGGAAAGGAUCCGGAAGCUUUGUCUGGAGCGAAAAGUGGAGACUUAUAGCUCGGAAAAUCUCCCCGCUCCAGUCCCAGCAUGAGGCACCACAACCUUUGUCUGGAAGUACACAUUUCUGGUUUAUUUAGAGCAGCCUCUAUUAAGCGCUACUUUAUGGCUUACCUGUGCAUGGGUUGGGGAAGGGAGCGGGCUUUGUCUUCACUUGUUUAGUUAUUUUCCUGCACGUGAUGUCACUUCAGCAGAGGCUGGCUGAAUUUUGCAGACUCUGCACUAUUCCUGAAUGAGGACCCAGUCCUGAUCCCAUUGAAGUUGACUGGAGUUUUCCCAUGGGAUUGGCACUCAAUGUAUAUUUGUUUUGC